AUGCAUCUCAAGAUCCUCCUCGCAAUCCUCCUCCCCCUCCUCACCUUCACGAACCUCUCAACCUCCGAAGAAAUCCGCCCUCCCCUCCGCAAUCUCUACAACAAGAUCCGCACCUCAGGCCCCUGCACCGGCCCCGACCUCUUGAAAACCGGCUUCUUCGACCAGAACGACGGCUCCCCACCCCUCUGGUCCUACUGCCAGCGCCACACACGCCACUCCGCAAUCUACCUCAAGGGCCCCGGCAACCUACUGGCAAAUAUGGACGUCGACUGCGACGGUAUCCAGAACAGUACCGGGUCCGGCGAUGGGCGAUGCACAGGGCUCCCAGAUACCCAAGCACAGACCGCAUUCCGCUCCAUCCUGCAAGCCGGCUACGGGAUCCCCGAUCUAAACACCUACAUCCACCCGUACGUCGUGCUCGGCAACAUCGGGAACCGGCCCUGGUACCGCACCUUCGACCCGCGCACCGCGGACAUAUACCCGCUCUCGGUCGUCGCCGUCCUGUGCGGCAACAAGCUCGUCUACGGAGUCUGGGGCGACGUCAACGGCGACGAUGGGAUCCCGCUUGUGGGGGAGGCGAGCCUUGCGCUUGCGACGGCGUGUUUUGGGAACAGGGUUAGUGGGUCCAAUGGCUGGGAUGCGGCGGAUGUGCUUUAUCUUGCGUUUAAGGGGGGACGCGCGGUUCCUGGGCCGAAUGGGGUGAGGUGGGAUGCGCAGGAUUAUGUGGAGUUUGAGGGGGUUUUGGAGGGGUUGGGGGAUGCGCUUGUUGAGGAAUUGCUGGAUCGGGUUGAGGGUGAUGAAGAUGAGGAUGAGGAUGGGGAUGGGGAGGAGGGUGUGUGCGCGAGUCAUGUCGGGGAUAAUUCGGCGGGUAAUGCGACUCACGGAGGAGACCGCGGGGGAGUUUGCGCCUGUGGAUUCAACGGCUCUGUCGCUGCUUCUUCCCCUGCUGCUGGUGGUGGUGGUGGUGGUGGAGACCAAUCAAAGCAUCGGCAAGCAAGUCGCAGAUUGACGGAGCGGUUACGUCGAUCCGAUCUGGACUCCGACCGCGUGUCUGCAGCACAUGCUCAAGGACACAGAUCCGCAUAG